GUCGAGCCUGACCAUCAUGGCGGCGCCCGUGUGAACCCGGUCCCGCCGUGAAGGGAGCGGUUGCCGCGGCGCGGCCCCGUGGGGAUCAGGAGUCACCAUGUUCAGGGCGGCGUGCAGGGCUCUGAGCUCGAUCCGAAGCCAUGCCUCAGUCUUUGGGCUGCCGGGCGGGGCGAGCGCCAGGCUUCCCUCAGCCCCGUGGGGCCUGCAGUCUCCAAGCCUUCUCCUGCAGGCUGCCCGCGGACACGCCGUCCAGAAGCCAGUCCAGCCCAGCCCAGCCCAUGACCCACCCCUUUCCACGCUGCUCAGAGACUACCAGAACGUCCCUGGAAUUGACAAGGUUGAUGACGUUGUAAAGAGAGUCUUGUCUUUGGAAAUGGCCAGCAAGAAAGAGAAGCUAAAAGUCAAGCAAGAACAGUUGAUGAACAAGAUCAUGGCGAACCUUGAGGAUACCAGAUCCCUAGAGGCUCGAAUUGUUUCCUUGACCGUCAAGAUCCGCAGUUUGGAAGAACAUAUGCAGAAACACCAAAAGGACAAAGCCCAAAAGCGCCAUCUCCUCAUGAGCACUGCCAAGAGGAGAAAAAUGCUCAAAAAUCUCCGUAAGAUCAACUAUGAUGUCUUUGAGAAGAUAUGCAAGGAGCUGGGAAUUGAAUAUACCAUUACCCCUCUGUACUGCCGAAAAGCCCAUCGCCGCCUCUUGAUCAAAAAGGCUCUGUGCCUUAGGGUCUUUCAGGAGAAGCAAAAGCUUAAGAAGCAAAAAAAGGCCUUGAAAGCUGCAGCAGCAGCCCAAAAACAAGAAAAACAGGGAAUCCUAGAGAGCCCUUCCAAAACCUGACCAGAGACAUGCAGAGAAAACCAAUAAAGUCUGUUUCAAUUACUU